AGAAGUGGGAAAAUGAAGAGCCGUUUGGGAGCCAAAAGAGCCGGCUCUUCUUGGUGCGCUGAGCCAAAUGAUCUGGCUCACUAAAAAGAGCCGUAAUUCCCAUCACCAGUUGAUUCCGUAAACAACAGGCACUUCCGGUAUUUAAAAUACGGGUCGUGAAUUGGGACAAUCUUAAUCGUUUCAGCUUGCAUUGGGUGUGUGUUAAAGAAUUAUCUCUUCCUGGUCAACAAAUAUAGCGUAAAUGUUGACUAAUUACUCACACAUGUACCAGUUUGUUUUAUAACCAACUGACUACGUUAUAUAGAAAAUACACAGUUUGUCGUUUUAAGCGUAUCACCGGAUAUUCGCUCAUUUCCCUUCUUCCGUGGAAGUGCGUCACACAAAGCGGAGUGAACCGCGGUGUGUCUGGGCCACACGACGGGAAGGAAGGAGCCAUGUUGAGCCACUGCUCCUUAAUGACAUGUUUUUGUAUAUAACGCUACAGUAAACGCACUGCUAUACUCCUCUUGAAACUCGGGACGAACUAUAAACCAUAACCAAACAUGUCGGCGGACGAUUUCCAGACGAAGUACUCCUCUGUGAUGGAGAGCAUGCUCAAGAGUGCGAUAGCUGAGACCACGAAACUUUUCGAAACUAUGGUGGACGAGCUGAAGGCAGAGAUCUCUCAGAUGAAGAAGGAGAACGAGGACCUUAAGACGAGAUGCAGCCAGUUUGAGGAGGCGAGAAACCAGCCGGCUGUUGACAGCAGAGAGAGUGAGCCUCCUCCUCCUCCAGGGCCUUGCGACGGCUCUGAGAGACGAGACCGAGCGGUUCAGUGUGACCUUGUUCCUUACCGCACAGUGCUGGUGGAGCAAUGUCAACCAUUGAGGCACUCAUCAUCGCAAAACCAAGAGCAGCAAUGCAGUUAUGAGCAGAUGGAGUACAGUCUGCAGGACCACACCUAUGGAGAGGGAACUACCCAAAUGGCCUUUAUACUUGUCAAGCAGGAAGGCUCUUACGAUGAUUCUUCUCCACCGCCUGUCCUGAAGCAAGAGGAAGCUGAGCCCACUGUUGUCUACGGGCUAGCAGGUUCACCACAGGCCUCUGCUUGUGGAACUGAAAAUGAAGGGCCUCUCAUUAACCAGGAAUGUUCAACUGGGGAAAUGCCCUUGCCUCAAAAAGAUGAAGAGCCCAGAGUGGCACCGGAACUACCCUGUUUGGGAAUGGAUAGCGAUUUACAAGGAGCUCAGAACCAAUCGUCUGAAUUGGAGCAUUCACUCGUCAUCUCACUUGCUGCAAUAGAAGACAACGUGAAAGAAGGGUCUGAAGUCAGUCAGAAGAUAUCAGAAACACAGGGAGAAUCCAUAACAUCCAUUGAAAAACACCCAUUGGUGGAUGCUCAGCAUCAAUCAGAGGUUGAACCUCUGUCAGUGGUCCCCCAACAAUGUCAAAGAGAGGGCAAAACGUCAGUAAAUGAACAGGCAGAUGUUACUCAGCAACAGAAUAAAGAUGUGCCUUUGCCACUCAAGAAAGGAGAAGCAUCUGAAAAAUUAAAGAGUGGUGUGGCAGAUGGUGGGCCUAUUCCCCAGCCUGAGUUGGUGGUACAACGCAGAAGAGGACGGCCACCAAAGAAAGCUAAACGUCCGCAACAGCCCGCGAAAGAAAUUGGUUCUCCGUCUGUUUCAGUAGCAUCUUUAAGUAAAGGAUGUUCCUCUGAAAAGGACAAACCAUCUGAAUCUCAACAAAUUUCAACGGAAAUGGGAGAAGGGGCAAUUCAGGCUCCAUCCACUGAAGGUUCAUCUGCAGUUGAGACACUCAACACUCAGACAGUUCAACCCAGAGAACGCCAUACUUCUGUAACUCUUCAGGAUGCAAUGCUAUUAGUUGAAGCCAUGAAUCAGUCAACGGCAGCACCACCUCAAACCCAGUGUGCCCCCCGUGUGGGUACCUUACAAACUGUGGACGAAGUCCCAGCUGAGCCACAGACGCCACUGCUUCCCGUUGAAACUCGAAAAGCUGCAGGCAAUCUGCCCGUGACAGUGACCACAAUGACGCAGUCGACAAAAGAGAAAAUCAGAGUCACUCCUGUGACUGCAGAUGCCACUCCAACCAAUGAAUCUCAGGCCCACAUCAAGGGUGUCAUCCCAAAACAACAGCAUACGGUCACACCAGCAAAUAAAACUACAUCUUCAGUGUCCCUAGCAACUGCCGCAGUUCAAACAAAUGUGCAGUCACUUCAGCAGCGCCCUACCCGUCGUCUGAUAACAACAGUAGCGCCCAGCAAAAGGGGUACGGCAGUAUCUCAUAAAAUAAUUGCCAUGCCACGAUCAGUAUCGUCAUUAAUGUGCCAUAAAAUAGCAGCAUUGUCUCCAAGCCAGCUUCCCACUGUUGUGUCUACAGUGGUUGCCGCACAGAAAACGAGCAUACUUCCAGGCUCUACAACUGCCGGCUUGACUCUCGGAACACCUUCCCUUUCCUCAGUUCCUCCGAAAACAAUAUACGUUUCAUCCAGGAAACCGUUUCCUGUUGUUCAUUCACAGUCAACCGCCACCUCAACAGACCCGCAGCCAGGGACUCUACCACGCCCCAAAAAAAUAACAAUUAUAAUUCCCAGACAGGUGUCAGCUGUAGCGUCAAGGAAACAGACCACUGUUCUGACAACCAAGCAGGAGACUGCCAAAUCGGUCGCUCCUGUUAAGGUGUCACCGCAACAGAUGAUUUCUUCGUCACACGUGUUAAGUGUUUCUGUGGAUACACAAAUGGUUUUAGAUGAAGUUGCCACAAUAUCGUCUCAAAAGGAAUUGGGAAUUUUCCAAAGAAAAUCUCUCAAACAAACAGCUUCUGUUUCUGAACCAAUAACUGCACCUACAGAUACCUGUUCAGAUUUAAACAUGCCAGUUGGGCUAGUGCCAACCUCCCCGUCUCUGGUGGUACCAGCGACUUUUGAACAAAAUCUUUCUGCUGUGGUCAGAUUAUCCAGGCUCUCAUUUCCAGUAACAGCCAAGGAAGCAGUAUUAGUCUCAAGCCUGUCUACAGAUGAAUCCUCUGAAACUCAAUCCAUUUUGAAAGACGGUACCACACAAGAGGAACCAUCGUCUGUGGUCAUAUCUACACAGCCAUCAGCGUUGUCCACUGACAUUUGUCCCAGUUUAAAAGAAACUUCUGUUGCUCUGUCUGUAAACACCUCUCAGAUGUCCUCGGAAAACUGCACCAUUUUGGAAGAAGAGUCACCCGACAGCGGGCCAUCUACACCAUCCAAGGUGUCAGCACCCGUCUUUGAGGACUCAACAUUAACUAUCUACACGACCCAGGCUCCUGCUGUAUCUGGUACAGCUGAUGAACCCAUUUCUAAUUCUGAUGAGGAAAUAAUCAGCAUUGCAGCGCAAGAUGCGUCACCUAAUGACCCACCUAUAGAAGAGAAACAGUCAGCUGCACUCCUACAUCUAACCCCCAUCACCACCAAGGACAUCUCUGAUCCUCAUUUACAGAUGACUAAAGCCCAGUUCCUGGCGCAGCUGGCAGUGACACCUGUUACGGAAGACCCAAAAAAGGCCUCCUCUAAUGACUCUGUAGAUGCCACAGCUUCUUGUACAGAGACCAGCACCAAUGACAAGAAAAGGUUACAGAAAAAUUCCCUUGUGGCCCAACUUCGAAGUCAUCUCCGAGCUCACUCGAAAGCUAGAAGAACUGAAACAAAUCCAGAACCACGCCCAGAAACCGAGACCCCCACUGUAACCCCUAAAAAACGUAGAUUAGAGAAUGACAGUCCUAACGAUAAAAACGUAACUAGAGAACCUAUUCCCCUCAAAGACCCAGGAGCAGUUGAAGAUAUUACAUCUCCAAAAAAGACAACUGAUGCUGUGAGCCCAAGGAGAUCUGGACUAUGUGAAGCUGGUGUUGGACACAAGAAGACUGUUAGUGAACCAACUUCUGUCAGUUCUAGGAGGUUUACGGCUACAAGAAAAUCCACUCCUGUGAGUCCGAGAAGGUCUAGGUCAGGUGCAAAUGGUGUAGGCUCCAAAACUAAGAUAUCCACUUCUGUGAGUCCUAGGAGGUCUAGCUCAAUGAAACGAAGUGCUAGCCCUAAAAAGACAAAAUCCACCUCGAUGAGUCCUAGGAGGUCUAGCGCAAUUAAAGAAAGUGCUAGUGCUAAAAAGACAAAAUCCACCUGGGUGAGUCCUAGCACAGUUAAAGAAAGUGCUAGCGCUAAAAAGACAAUAUCCACCUCGGUGAGUCCUAGGAGGUCUAGCGCAAUUAAAGAAAGUGCUAGUGCUAAAAAGACAAAAUCCACCUGGGUGAGUCCUAGGAGGCCUAGCACAGUUAAAGAAAGUGCUAGCGCUAAAAAGACAAUACCCACCUCGGUGAGUCCUAGGAGGUCUAGCGCAAUUAAAGAAAGUGCUAGCGCUAAAAAGACAAAAUCCACCUCGGUGAGUCCGAGGAGGGCUAGCGCAACUAAAGAAAAUGCUAGCCCUAAAAAGACAAAAUCCACUUCUGUUAGUUCGAGGAUGGCUAGCUCAACUAAACAAAGUGCUAGCUCUAAAAAGACCCCAAAAAUUUCUUUGCAUUCUAGGAAGAUUGUUUCAACUAGAGAUGUGGCCAGCUCCAAAAUUGGUGCUAGCCCUAAAAGUGCUAAAACCUCUUCUGUGAGAACUAGCUUGAGUAGAGAUAGUGCUAGUCCUAAAAAGACAAAAUCUACUGUUAGUCCUAGGACUUCUGGUUUAAGUAAAAAUGAUACUACUCCUAAAGUGUCUACCAAUGAAUUUUUCUGCCGUAGGAGGUGUACCUUCCCUAAAGAUGGUUCCGGCAGUAAACAAGUUCAAAGUGAAUCCAAUUCCCGCAUAAGCACAGACGGUGCUAGUACUAAAAACGCCCAAAGUGAAACUGGUUCCCCAAGUGUUAGGUUGCCUAAAUUGGUUAAAGAUGGUGUCAGACCAAGAAAGACGAGGGAAUCCCUUCCCGCUAAGAAACCCAGAUUAAUUCAAGAUGGUACUGGUCCUAAAAAGAAUUCAGGAUUGGUGAACGCUAAGAAGUUGGCUAAAGCAGCAAAAGCCAAAAAGAUAGCUAAGAUGAAAAAUUCUAGUCAAUCGAAAUUGCAGAUUGGAGCUAAACCAAGCCAGUUAGCAGAGAACCUAGCUAGCUGUGAGGCUGUGAGGAAAUUUACAGCUACAGCUGUGUGGACUCCUCCUACAAUGUCAGCCAGUAAAACACCUCCGUCUGGGGGGAAGAAAGAGACAAGUUCACCAAGAUCCCCGGAUCAUCCAUUAAUUUACCCCCCGAGCAUUUCUCUCCUUCCCAUACCUGUCAGAGCACCACCUGUUGUAUCACCAUUACAGCCUUUAUCAGUCAUCGGUAGGCGUCUGCUCAAGAACCAGUGUGGGGAGUGCGGCCGCGUCCUCAGCAGCGUCGCUGCCCUGGAAAGCCAUGUUAGUCUCCAUGCAGGUCGCCGACCUUUCUCGUGCACGCUCUGCGGGAAGAGGUUCCCAGACUCAAAAGGUCUGAAACGGCAUGGCCGGGUGCACCGCAAUGGCAGGAUCCAUAUCUGUCCACAGUGCGGGAAAGGCUUCGUCUAUCGCUUUGGCCUCACUAAACACCUCCUGAUGGUGCACAGGAGGAUUAAACCUUUUAUCUGCCAGAUAUGUAACAAGGGGUUCUUCACAAAACGAGACGUGGAAGCCCACAUACGGAUGCACACAGGAGAGAAACCAUUCCACUGCAACCUCUGUGACAAGAAAUUUGCAAGGAGGGUAGAACUAAAUGUGCAUUUAAGGUGGCACAAUGGGGAGAAGAGACACUGGUGCCCAUUUUGUGGAAAAGGAUUUUUAGACUUCAAUAACCUGAAAAGACACAAGUAUAUCCACACAGGGGAGAAACCACAUUCCUGCCCACACUGUCCCAAGAAUUUCACGCAGUCGGGCCACCUGAAAAAGCAUGUAAAAAAUGUCCAUAAAAUAUUAUGAGAUGCAUAAAAAGCGAUGUUUCACUGAGAAUGUUAAAGGAUAUUGGUAUUUUUCAACCUGGACCCUAUUUUCCCAUGUUUUUUUGACUAAUGGGGACAACAAUUUUUGAAAUUGGUCCGGUACUGAGGGAGAACGCUGCAGCCGCCAGCCACUAAACGAGCUGUAAUGUAAUCAUUUGUGGCAACCUGGCACCGUCUGUUAACGUCCGUUAAAAGUGUUCACGGACAGGCUCAGAUUGUUAUUAUAAAUGUCUGACAACAUUAUGGAAAGGACCCUACAGAUAAAUGAAAUGUUUUUCUUGCCUUUCGCUUUCCACUUGAUAUUGUGUCAUGCAACUUGUUGCCGGAAGAGACAACAGUGGAAAUGUGAGUGAGAGUGGAGAGAGGACGGCCACGGGACACCGGUGUUCUCAGAGUUUUUUGUGCUGGAGUACUUAAAGCGUAGCUUAGUGUUAUCUAAAAGAUUUUCAAUGUCAUGGCUGGUUAUUUAUAUGAUUUCCACAAUGUGGAUGCGACGCAAGGUUUCAGAGCGAGA